GGUCAAGCUGCGCGCGUCAGCUCAAAAGGUUGCCGCGAAUUUUUUUUUUUCUCCAACCGCCACACCUAAAAGUGCCGAAACCACUUCACAAACAUGGCAGCAGGUGAUGUAGCGCUGUCGGAGAACCAGCUCAUUGAGAGCCUUCUUGCAGAUGCUGAGAAGCGUCUAUCUGCUCAGGCUGCUUCGCAGGAUGUCGCUGUCACUGGCAGCAAACCGGCCAGUCUGGUGAAGAUACCAAAGGUCCUUGCUACCACCAAAAGCUCUUCAAAGAAGGAGGAAGAGUUAUCAGUCCGGUCUGUGGCUCCAAUACAGCCAAAGAACAAGACUGAAGAUGCUGGCUCCGACUGGUUCAACAUGCCCAAGACCAAUGCGACUCCUGAGCUCGUCCGCGAUCUGAAGCUACUGCGGAUGAGGAAUGUGCUCAACCCCAAGCAGUUCUUCAAGAAGGACACGCGCACGCAAUUGGUCCCUACUUACUGCCAAUCAGGCACCAUCAUCGAGGGCCCUACCGAAUUCUACAAUGCUCGCAUCAACCGCAAGGAAAGGAAGAAGACCUUGGCCGAAGAGGUCUUGGCAUCUUCUGACGCUAUGGCAAAGUUCAAGACGAAAUACAGUGACAUUCAGACCAGGAAGAUGAGUGGAAGAAAGGGAAGCUACAAGAAAAUGAUGGCACAGCGAUACAAGAAGCGGUGAAAGCUUGUUGUCUCAGGAGAACCCUAACUUUAUUAUGCACCUUGCAAUCACCAGGAGAACACCUGCGGCAGGCCGUGAACUCUUGAAAACUGCUGGUCACCAGCUAAACUCAGCUGAGAACAGUCGUACUCCCCGCUCCUGACUGCGCCUGACAUCCAAGGAGGCAACCGUAGAAGGUACUCUAUGGAUGUGCAUAUGGUUGCCCAUUGCUGUGGGGAAACAUGGACAUUUGGCUGAAAGGCUUGCCAUGGACUGUCCAGUUUGAACACUUGCCAUCUCGGUUGCGUUUUAUGAUACAACGAACUGUUAUUUCAUGACACGACAGGCAAUAACAAUGAAUAGUUCUGAAAUCAUAUCAAUUUGCAUGUGACUGAGCGA